GGCAGGCUUUGUUCUCGGAGUGAGGACUCUGCAGAGAACAAGACAAAAUCCCACCCCGGAGGAGCUGUGAUCAGAUUCUUCCUCUUCACUUGGGCUCGGGAGUCCAUAGCUGCCCGCUGAAUCCUGGCUCUGUCACUUACUAGCUGUGGGCACGUGUGUAGCACUUAGCACCACAGAAUUGUAAAAUCUGUUACUGUUAUUUUCUUUCUCUGAUGGCCCCGGACUAGUCCUAGCAACUCUCCUGGCAUCCUACAGGUCCCAGUGCUCCCCUCCCCACAUCUCUGAGCCUCUGCUCAGGCCCGACCACACCGGAUGUCAAAAUUCAGUGAUGGGCAUGUCUCCUCUCCUGGACUGGGAGCCUGGUGACGGCCAGGCUUCCUCCUUGGGGCUCUGGCCCCAGAAUCCGCCAGCAUACGAGGCACUCGAUACACAGGCUGAACCCGUGAAUGUUAACGAUGGGGGAAACCGGAGCGGGGGUGGUGGCUGGGGCAUCAAGGGAUGGGAGUGAUCAUGCGAAAUUGCAGGUGCAGGUCCGCCUUCGCCGGAGCGAUGGAACCUGCGUGUGGAACCCGGUGUAACAGUGCCCCCUGUGGUCGCGCGUGGAACCCGGUGCUUCGGCCGGAGGAGGCGGCGGGAUCCCACCGCUGCGCGGCCUCCCCGCCGCCGCGGGGCCCAUGAACAACCAGGCGCGGGCCUCACGCCCCGCCCCGCCGCGGACCUCCGCCUCGGUCCGGGCUUCGAUUCCGGUCAGGCCCUCGAACCCGACCCUAGUCCGGACCUCAGUUCCGGGCCCGGCCUCGACUGCAGCCCGGACCCCCACUCCGGUCCGGACUCCGAUCCCGGUCCCGACCCCGCUCCAGACUCCAACUCGGGUUUCUGACUCCACUCCGGUCCCGGCCUCUACCCCGCUCCAGACACCAACUCGGGCUCCUGCCUCUGCCCCGGUCCGGGCCUUGACUCGGUUCCCUGCCUCAGUCCCUGCCCCGGCCCCGGCGCGGACCACAGCUCCCGUCCCUGCCCAGACCCCGGUCUGGACCUCGGUUCCGGUCCCUGCCCAGACCCCGGUCCGGACCUCGGUUCCCGUCCCUGCCCAGACCCCGGUCCGGACCUCGGUUCCCGUCCCUGCCCAGACCCCGGUCCGGACCUCAGCUCCCGUUCCUGCCCAGACCCCGGUUCGGACCUCGGCUCCCGUUCCUGCCCAGGCCCCGGUUCGGACCUCGGCUCCCGUUCCUGCCCAGGCCCCGGUUCGGACCUCGGUUUCGGUCCCUGCCCCUGCCCCGGCCCCGGUUCGGACCUCAGUUUCGGUCCCUACCCCGGCCCCGGUCCGGACCUCGGCUCCCGUUCCUGCCCAGACCCCGGUUCGGACCUCGGUUUCGGUCCCUGCCCCGGCCCCGGUUCGGACCUCGGCUCCGGUCCCUGCCUCAGUCCCUGCCCAGACCCCGGUCCGGACCUCGGGUCCGGUCCCUGCCCAGACCCCGGUCCGGACCUCGGCUCCGGUCCCUGCCCAGACCCCGGUCCGGACCUCGGCUCCGGUCCCUGCCCAGACCCCGGUCCGGACAUCGGCUCCGGUCCCUGCCUCAGUCCCUGCCUCGACCCCGGUCCAGACGUACACUCGGUUCCCUGCCUCGGUCCAGACUUCGACGCCGGUCCCGGCCUGGACCUCAACUAGGUUCCCUGCCCUGGUCCGGACUUCGACUCCAGCCCCUGCCUCGACUACGGUCCGAACCCCGACUCUGGUCCGGACCCCGAUUCCAGCCCGGGCCCUGAAUCCAACCUCAGCAACCCCCGCCCUCUUUUCGGGCCGGGGCGCGGCUGAGGUCCCCGCCGCGGGGCGGGACAAGAAUCCCACGGCGACGCCCAGGGUGGAGCACCGCCUCUCCGUCUCCCAAGAGUCCGGGGCCUCCCGGGAGCUCCUUCCUGCUGUGAGUGCGUCCACCUCCGGCUCAUUGGGGCCCACCCCCCGGCCCGCCCCAACGGCAGAUCCAGCGGCCGCCAAGCUGACAGAUCCUAAGGCUUUAUCCAUCUCCCCGCCUAUCAUGGGGACCUCCCUGUUCCCCACUUUCUUACCGAUUUCUGCAAACACAUUCGCCGCCCCCCGCGAGUACUUUCAAGUGGACAACAAGAUUGAGAUUCGAGUGAUCUAUUGCUAUAACCUCCGGCAUGAUUUCAUCUCCUUCCUGCAGUACAUUCUACUGAGAAGGAGUCUGGAGCAACAAUUUCCAAAUUGUUUAAACUUUGAGGAGGAGAUAUCUACACAGGCUGCCGGGGAGUUUGAAGUGUUUGUGGAUGGGAAACUGGUUCAUUCAAAGAAGAAAGGUGAUGGCUUUGUGGAUGAGACCAAAAUGCAGAAAAUUGUGAACAUUAUUGAUGAGCAGAUCAGGAAAAGUUAACAGACAACUGGUGAGCUGGAGGAACCUCAGCAGGAUGACGAGAAGGGCUGAAAUGUUGCCCUCAGGGUCAGGUCCUUUUUUGAUGGUGGCUGGGGCUGGGGUGGGGUCAGGUGGGGAGAAGGGGAAAAUACAGUCUGUCUCCCUGUCUCCCAGUGUUCUCUUCUUACUGCGUCUUCGGUCACUGCACUCCAUCCCGAGGUCUGUGGAAGUUGCCUGCUGCAGUGCUGACAGCAUCUCCAACGGUCAGCCCAGUGGGGGAGGGAAGGGCAGGGUGAGUAUAAGGUCAGACCUGUUGCUCCCCAGAUUUGCUGCAGAAACCCAGGAUACCAGGAACCCCUUUCCCUCACUGUCCUUCCAGACACCCUUGCCCUUUGUGGGUUCAUGAAUGCCUACCCAUAGUUCACAGCCCAACCCUCUUGUAUUCUGUACCAGGAAGCUUCCUGACCCUAGUUACUGACCUUUCCCUUCCCCGAUGUCCUGUGAGCUUGGACCCCAUUCUCUAUCCCUUGGCUGUGACAGGCAGCUCUGCCCUGACCACUGCUCUUCCUGUGGGCAGGAGCUGCCUUAUCCUCACUCCUUAUCCCUGUGCUCAGAACAGGGUCUGGCUGAGGGCAUUUGCUAGAUAAAUGUUGGAUAGAAUUUGCCACAGAAAUGUGACGUGUGCAGAGGGCACUCUGUGGGCUAGGGCCCGGUGUCAGGGAACUGUAUGUAGGGACAAGGGACAGUAGAGGGUAAGUACAGGAAGCUCCAAAGGACCAGGCCUGCCUGGGGCGUCUGGUUGGUAGCUUCCCCAGUCUGGGAAAAUCUCCAUCUCCCUCCUGGGCACCCCUGCAAGGCAGCAAUGGGGAAGCUCCAGGAGCUUCUAGGGGCUCAUGGAUUCCUAUUUUUCCCAUGGCUAACAAUUUAUUACGUGAGCACUAUGUUUAAACAUCCCCCUGUGUUUCUGAGCAGGGGUAGUCCACUACUUUU